AUGGAAAUGCGUGAACCGCGGGGCUGGACUGCCAUUAAACUGGCUUGGCCAAAUGGGCAACCGGUUCGCCUUUUUAUGUUUCAACUUGCCAUCCUUGCAAACCAUCAGAACGGCCGAGAUACACACCUAAGAGCGAUUCGCUUACAUAGUCCAAUUACACCUCGCUUCCCAGGUACUACCGGUGACGAUCAAGAUCCUUUCGCUGCCCUUUUCGGUGGCAACUUGCUACCAACCUGUCCGACUGCAAGGCUCUUCUCAACUAUUCGAUAA